AUGAAAUACAAACCCCCAAAGGUAGAAGAGUACCCAGAAACCGACGAAAGCACAGCCGCUUUCAAACGCAAACGCAACGACCGCGAUCUCGAGUAUCCCUCUACCACGAAAAGACAAGCCCCACAGAGCAAAGACCAAGCACAAGAAGAGGACCAGCCCCCUGCCAAAGCAGUGAAACCGACUCCCGCGGUGGCAGCUACAGCCGAGGACGAUUUCGACGAAGAAGAUGAGACGGGUGAAUUCGAUGAGAACGAUACGGUUGAAGUAGGAGACGAGGAAGAAGAAGAAGAGGAAGUCGACGAGGUAGAUGAAGACGAAGAUGUUGAGCCCGAUGAACAGGAAGAAGACGAAGAACGAGACGAGGAAGAAGAGGAAGAAGAGGAAGAAGAGGCAACGGACAAACAGCACCCCAAGUUACAAAAAGCCAUCGAUCAGCUCGGACGGGCACCGCUCGACGGUACCCCUAUAGCUAAGGAGCCUCUUACGGCAUCUGCAGAAACAGUGCUCGCGAUGAUCAUCGAUGCUAUGUUGAAGUCACGGCCGAUUUCACAUGAUCUAUCGCAGCAAGCCAUCAACAAGCUCAUCGAGGUUGGGUAUCACGACAUCCACAAGCUAGGGGAGAGUAGUUUCGAAGAGCGAACAGCGGUGCUGAGGGACGGGGGAUACAAUCGGUAUAGGGAACAGGGGGCAACAAAUCUGGGGGAUUUGGCACAUUUCGUGGACGAAAGAUAUGAUGGGGACUUGAACAAUCUCUGGGAAGAGGCACAUCAUGACCGAGCCAAAACGCGCGAGUUGAUCAAGGAGAUCAAAGGAUUGGGUGAUCUUGGAGUCGAGCUCUUCUUCAACAAUGUCCAGAGUGUAUGGCCUUCCAUUGCCCCGUUCGUCGAUACACGAAGCCUGAAAACGGCCGAUCAGGUGGGACUCGGCACGGAUUUGGAUGCUAUCUACACGGAACUGGAAGAGGACUCGAUGAAGAUGAGCCGACUAGCCAACGGGCUAUCCGUUGCGAGAUUGGAGAAGAGGCAGGGAGCGCUGUUGGUGUAA